AUGCCGGAGAACACUAUCCAAUCGUCACUGUGGACGCUUGCACAAAACAAAAUCCCGAAAGGAAAGACGAUGAAGAAGGAAACAACUUUUUUUGAGCACACUCAUAUUGCGGAGGUCUCACAACUCCUAUUCGACCCGUAUACCACAUCAAUAGAUCAUCUAACGGAUACGGAUAUACUUGACUCUGGCGAUGAAAUUUCUCCUGCAGUCAACAAUCAUGCUGCUCUUUCCAACCUGGAAGAUCACGAAUGGUUCUCCGAGGAAAGUAGCAUGAUAAGUUUUGAAGAUCUCGAAGAAUCAACGGACACCACACAGACGACAUCAUAUGACGAUUCCGCUGUAGAUGAAUGUUUUGCACCCAAAUUGACCGAUAUUGAAAUGCUGUUAUCUGACAGCGGUUCUAUGGAGGAUUGCUUGGAUGAGUCGGAUGGUUUUGUAGCUAUAGAGAUAUAG